AUGGUGAAAACACAGGGCGUGUCCAGCAUGACGGGCGGCUGGAGACAAGUGUUUGAGAGAAGCCGCUUGGUUCCGCCGCCCAGCCAGACCGUCCGCCUGGCCGGGGAGAGCCACCUCGGCCGGUCCCGGGGCUUCCAGCUCAGCCUCAACCGGGUCACAGCAGCUCACCUCCCGCAGGAGGUGUCCACGGAUGUGACGUACCAGCUGCGAGUGACGCUGUUUGACAGAAACCACCUGCACUUCUUCGGCAAAACGUGGAGGAGUUCGCCCCAGAGGAUGAAAAACAGCAAGAUUGCCUUCAACGAGGUCCUGUACCUCCAUACGUCUCUGCUGCUGCCCAGCACGCUGGUGGUUCUGGAGCUGGUGUCACUGUCACCAAGGCCAGACGGCUCCCAUCAGGCUCUGGGGCGAGGCUUCACCGUCCUGGAGCUUUUUACCAACAAACCAGAGAUACCGGCUACCGAUGGGGACAGAAGGCUGAAUCUACACCAUGGAUCACCAAGAGGCCUGCUCCACCCUCUGCUGAAGGACACUGUUGACUAUGGCGGUCUCUUGAAGGUUAUUGAUGGAGCACAUUUGGACUGCGUGGUAAAAAACCAUCCCACAUUGGUUUCUGUCAUGCACCUCCUUCCAGAGAAUGUCCUUGUGUCUGGAAAUGAGGAGAUUCCUGGUCUCACAGCUUCUCCAACAGGAGAUGCUCUGCUGAGGCCUCAGCUGCUCAAGAUGCUGCCCUUCACCCUGAACAGACUGACCAUCUCCCUGCAGCCGUCUCUGGAGAAAUUUGAGAGCCAGCUGCUGCAGCAGAUCAAUGCUGACUGCCACAACACAAAACAGCCGGGACCAGAUGUUACUCCAACAACAGUCGUCAUUCAGGAAAGAAGGCUCCACGUCGGCGUCCACAAUGGCUGGUGUUUCCUGGAGAAGCCCCAAGUGGUGGUGCUGGAGCAUCUAGCCAGAGGACGCACCGGCAGCACCUCCAGACAGAGCACCCUGGUCAAGGACAGCUCAUCGUCCCUCCCUCAGACGCUGGGCCUUCGCAGCAGCCUGGAGCUCAGGCUGACCAAGCAUCAGGCUCUGGCAGUCGUCUUUCAGCUGGAGUAUGUCUUCUCUGCUCCGAUAGGCCGAGACACGAUGCUGUCUGCUACCUCCACAUCCAGAGCUGCCUUUCUGCAGUGCCUUCGUUGGGGGAUUUGGUGUCCCUUCCUGGAGUCAGCUGACUGGAAGGGGGAAGAGAUACAGCUUGUUUUGCAAGGAGGUGCAAAGCCAAACCCUCAUGGAGUCAUGGUCUACAGCACAGAGGUGUCUGCCAGAACUCAGAGCCCUGCACCACUCUCAGCUCACGGCACAGUUCACGAGGUCUCGGAAGCGAAGGAUACAAUAACGUUCUGGCUGUCAUCCAGCCUGGAAGGGAAGGCGUCUAGCCCAAAGGCGUCUCUGAGGACGAAGCAGGAAGACGUGUCCCGUCAGAGGAGAUCACCUUCAUCACCUUCACCAGGUCAGAAAACCAUUCCAGCGGCUUCUCCUCCAGAGUCUCCUCAAGGCCCCGGGCUCUCACUGUCUCAGCUGGCAGCUACUUCACGCUACCCGACCAUCAGCCACUCCAGCUCGGCGUUGCCGUGGCAACAGUCAUUUCCUUCUCUGCUCCAUCCUUCCCCGUUGGCAUCGGCCCACCAGCUGUCACAUGUCGCGUGUUCGGCUGUCAGCAACAUCGCCCACCUGGAGAUGGACCUUCAGCGUGAAGAAGCAGCGUCGCCUUCCAUGCAGGAUGAAGGAGACCAGCUUCAGGAGCUGCCCUUCACUCCCGUCCACGCUCCUGUCAUUACUCUGGGGAUGAAUGUGCCCAGUUCCUGCUCUGUCAGCUCCAGAAGCUCACAGGCUCACCUCUUUUCUGCUGGUUUCCCCGACAUCGUGGAUGGCAGCGGGCAGGUGGCAGAGGUCCUGGACCCAACAGAACCGCUGCCGUUUGAUCCUCAGAGGGAAGAGGCUGACCUUCUACAAGGAAACCUGCUGGUGUUCCAGUUCCUGGCAUUUACCAGAGUACCAGCGGCGGGGGUCGGACCCGAUUGGCCUGAAAACAUCUACGUCACCUUCCAGUUCUACCGCUUCCCUCCGGUCACGUCCCAGGAGCUCAAGCUGCUGACCGGCAACAAGCACAAAGCUGGAGAACCGCUGCCCUGCGUCCUGGCCUCCGUCAUGAAAGACGGCAGCGUGAGCACCGGCUCUCCAGGUCUGCAGGUGCAGUUCAGAGUCGACGACAGUUUCUUGAAGCCAGGAGAGAAGCGCUGGUUCCUCCGCUACCUGGCCCUUCACACCAUGCACAUCGACGUCUGGGACAGUGACUCGUUGCUCCUCAUAGGCUCCACUGCCGUCGAGCUCAAGCACAUGUUGCGUCAGGGCAAGUCGGCGGUGCAGGCCCUUCACGAGGUGGAGGUGCUGACCACGGACUACGUGGGAGAGGACGCCUUACUGACGAGCACAGAUUUGGGUCGACGCUCAGCCUCCAGCCCCAUGACGGUUCACACCGUCGUCAGAGGACGGCUCCACGUACGCACCGGCAACAUAGGGUGUCCCGUGGAGCCCGGCAGGAGGAAGGCAGCAGACGUAACGCCGUCUCAUUCUCACAUCAUCACGCCGCGAGAAGUCACCAGUGGCUUCAGAGGAGGAAGUCUGUCCUCCAGAAGCAUCCUCCAGCUCAACGCGAGAAACGCUGCACAAGCGCACCGGCUGGAGACGGACGGGGAUCGGCUUCCCUCGUUCAGACGCGGGAUCAGAGCCGACGCCAUCGCGCCUGGAGAGCCCGACAGUGGGCGCCGAAAGCUCAGCUGCAUGGCCGCCGUGCAUCAGCGGGAGGGCAAGGAAGACGCUAGAACAGCCAAGGUCACGGAAACGUCCAGAGAACUUCAUCAAUCCAGACCCAGGGAGGAGCAGAGCAAGGCGGAGGGCAUCGCCAACAUGCUGAGCCGGGCCAUCACCACCCAGCACCGGCUCUACGCCAGCCUGGGCUCCGCUGAGUACAUGGAGUUUGUCCUUAGAAACCCCUUCAAUGUUCCUCAGACGGUCACCGUUCACAGCGAUGACCCAGAACUCAGUGUCAUCGCUAACACCGAGGAGUGGCGUUACUUCAAAGCGCUAACCAGAAGCCCGACCCCGCUGGAGGAGAACAUGUUCCACUUGGAGGAGGGCGCCCCGGGUCCCAGGGUUUACCUCCGGCCCAAAGAGACCGUCCACAUCCCCCUGAAAUAUCAGAGCUUCCUGUGUGACCACACAAUGGCCCUCCAGGGACCCAGCUUCCUGCCCACAGGCAAAGGUUCUCAGGUGGCCAAGAAGAAUCUGUCCAACAUUAUCGCUGCCAAAACCGUCAAGGUUACAUUCAGAGCAGAGGACGGCAAACCAAUGGCCAUCUGCCAAGUGACCGUGGAGCCGACGCCCCACGUCGUGGACCAGACUUUCCGACUUUACCACCCUGAGCUUUGUUUCCUUAAGAAGGCCAUCCGCCUGCCGCCGUGGCACGACCCCACAGUUGGAGACCGGGAUGCCAGGACCACCAUCUCUGUGCGCUGCAGUGACCCGAACAUCAUCUGCCAGACGAGGAUGCUGGUGCCAGGGGAGCCUCAGGAUGUGUACUUGAAAGUGCCGGGGAGUCCCAGUCCACACAUAAAAAUGUUCUUUGUGAUGGUUUUCACUGAUAAGUGGAUGGCGGCGCCCUCCCAGAUCUGGCAGAUUUACGUGCAUUUCCUGGAGCGGGUGGACGUCAGCUGUGUGACCGGCCAGCGGAGCUGUCAGUCGCUGGUUCUGAGAGGGAAGCAGGCUGUUCGCAAGGUCAAGUGUUUUUCAUCACAUCCCAAGGAGAGCGAGGUGGACCCAGCAGGUGUGUUCGUGUUGCCUCCUGCAGCGGUGCAGGAGCUCCAGCUGAAGGUGCAGCCAUGGCAGGCCGGCAGCCGCUUCCUGUACGUGAACGCCGUGGACGUGGAGCACCAGCGGCUGGUCACUGCCUGGCUGCUCUGUCUCAACGUGCACCGCCCCGUGCUGUCCAAGGCAUUUGAAGUGUGCGUCCCGGUCGGCGGUGGGCGUGGCAGCUCCAGGAAAAUCACCUACACCAACCCGUACUCCAGCAGCCGCACAUUCCUGCUGCGCUCCGACCAUCCGGACCUGCUGCAGUUCAAAGAGGAUAAAUUCCAGAUCGGCGGCGGCGAGAGUUACACCAUCGGAUUACGCUUCGCCCUCAGCCAGAGUCCCGGCUCAGCAGAGAUCCUGGUCUACGUGAACAACCUGGAGGAGAAGACGGAGGAGACGUUCUGCGUGAAAGUCAACUAUUCCUGAACUUGUGUCAGACAGCAGAUAGAAGCUGUGAGAACAUGCUGACUGGUCUGUGCUGAGGACAAAUAAGCUUUUGCAUAGUGAGUGGAACUUUGUAUUAAAUCAAUCUUUUGAAACAA